GGCAAUCAAAUUUUACGAAAAUUUUGCAUGAUUCUGAGCAUUCUUUCGCUUGCUACCUUCUCUUCAAAACUGGAAAAUGAAAGAUAUAUUUAAAAUCCAAGAAAAUUAUGACAAAAUUUACGUGUUAGUAUAUGUCAACAUUUGUGUAUUUGAAAGGUUUUGGAAGCUUUGCGUUACAUAUUAAAAUCAAAUUGUUGGAGUUGCAAGAUGGGCAAAAAAGGAAAAAAAAAAGUGACAGUAGAAGUCAUCCUAAACAGACUCAUUUGCACAUAUAAAUGUGCCUAGAUUACAAUUCCUUUCCACAUAAAAGCUAGAACUCCCUAUGCGAAAAAAACAUGGUUUAUCGUGCUAGCAGCCACACGACUAGUUAUUUUUUUUUGGCAUAGAGUUCGAAUUAUCUUAUUUUCCUAAUUAGUUCCUUAAUUAGUCACUUAUCUAAUAAUUUGAAGGACACUCGUUAGCAAAUUCCUUAAAAGGUUGUAUUCAUAUAUCAAUAAGAGGAAAUAAAUUAUUGAUUAAAAAAGGAAAUCACUAUUUCUCUAUAUUCGUUGACCGCUAACAAAGCAAAUGGAGUUACUUGUAUCAUCUAUCAUCCAUAUGAGACGAAGAAGCGUAUUAUUUCCAUUGAUUUGCAGAUGCACAAAUCCCACUUUCUCAAUUUCUUUUGCACAAAAUUGAACUUAUACAAAGAAAUUUGCUACUACUCUGUGUCCUCGAGAGUUUUGUUUUCCAAACUUCUUUUCCUUCAAGUCCUUAUCACGUCAUUCAUUCCUUCCGCAGGUGACGGGGCAAUUGCAUUUUCUAUAUUCUGGAAUGUUACGUUUCUACUAGUGUAUUUCUGUGUAGCGAAAUUUGCAAUCGGGAUGCCAUUUGUUGUGGUAUUUCUAAUCUACAACUACCGAAGAAGGCACUUAGCAAUGGACAAGAACAUUGAAGAAUUUUUGCAAGCUCAGAACAAUUUCUUACCCAUAAGGUACUCUUACUCGAAUAGUAAGAAGAUCACUAGGAAUUUCAAGCACAAACUAGGUGAAGGGGGGUAUGGUUCUGUGUACAAAGGAACGCUCAGAAGCGGCAAUGAAGUGGCGGUCAAGAUUUUGAAGCAGUCCAAGGCCCAUGGCCAAGAUUUUAUCAGUGAAGUGGCUACUAUUGGAAGAAUUCAUCAUGUUAAUAUAGUGCAACUUGUUGGUUUUUGCUUUGAAGGCUCAAAACAAGCUCUCGUGUAUGAUCUCAUGUCAAAUGGAUCUUUGGAUAAGCACAUUUUCACUGAUGAAGAUGACAAGUCUCUUGAUUACAAAAAAAUAUAUGAGAUCACUCUUGGGGUGGCGAGGGGGAUUGAAUACUUACAUCGUGGGUGUGACAUGCAAAUACUACACUUUGAUAUCAAGCCUCACAACAUUCUUUUAGACCAAAAUUUCACUCCAAAAGUUUCCGACUUUGGACUAGCGAGACUUUAUCCUACUGAUCAUAACAUAGUCUCAUUGACUGCUGCAAGAGGAACCUUGGGAUAUAUGGCGCCUGAGUUGUUCUACAAAAACAUUGGCGGUGUAUCUUAUAAAGCGGAUGUCUAUAGCUUCGGGAUGCUGCUCAUGGAAAUGGCAGGUAGAAGGAAGAAUAUAAAUGCAAAUGCAGAACGCUCAAGCCAAAUUUAUUUUCCCUUGUGGGUGUAUGACAAAGUCCAUGAAGGAGAAACAGUUGAAAUAGAAGAAGUUGAAGAAGAGGAAAGGAUGGUGAGGAAAAAGAUGAUCAUAGUUGCACUUUGGUGUAUCCAAUUAAACCCUGACCAUCGGCCUCCAAUGAGCAAAGUCCUAGAGAUGCUUGAAGGAGAUAUUGGUAAACUUCAAAUGCCUCCAAAACCACUUAUUUACCCGCCAGAUGAGCCAGUGAACAAUGAUAAAGCUGAGAUGGAACUAGAAACAUUCUCAACUUCAUCAAGUGCUCAAAUAAUUUCUGCUAGUUUUCCUUUUGGAGAUAGCGAUAUUGUUUAGAGAAUCAUGCACGGUUUGAUUGGAAUAGUGUUGCGUAUUUUGUUAUAUGUCCUGAUAAUCUAGUAUUAUGUUGGGAGGGACUUGGGCUAAUUUAGCUCCACAGGGAUUAUUUUCGAGAUUGUCCUUUUCUAGCUCUAAGGUUAAUGUUGUGUUAU